AUGAAUAGUGCAAUUCAAGCGAUAAAAAACAUUCUAAAUAUAAUUUCUUCCUAUGCGGAUGAUAAGCAAUCAUUUAACAGGGAAGAAGAGAAAGCUGCAUCGACAAUGAUGACAAAACUCGACGAAUUUACCGAAUUGUUAUCGCAAUGCCAACGAGAGGUUUGUAUAACUUUCUUACUUUCAACUCCAAUUUCAGCAACGAAAGAAGAAGUCAAACAAUUCAGGCAUUCUAUGAAAGAAUCUUUACUUGUUCUUGGGCUAACUCAAGCAGCAAAUUAUAUGGAAAUAUCCGACUCCGAUUUGACAUCUCAAGAUUUGGUCGAUAUGAAGCGAAUUGGAAUCGUACUUGAACAACUGUAUAAGAAAAAUCAAAAGGAAGCAGGAGAUCGCAUUGAAAAACGCUUUCAAUCUUUAGAAGAGCUUGGAGUCCAUUAUGAUGCAGAAGAACUCGAUAGUCUUACAAUACCAGAAAUUCCUGAAAGUCUUAAGCUUCUAAUUAAACACGAAGAUUGUGUAUUUGAAAAAACAAUCGGAAGAGGACAAUCAGGAACAGUUUAUCUUGGACAUUUUAAAGACUCAGACGACAACAUAGCUAUAAAAGUACUUUCAAAACAGACAUUAUCUCAAGCAGAUGUUGAAUCUUAUCGAAGAGAGGUUUAUUUUCUUACAAUUCUAUCGCAUCCUAGUUUAACGAAGUUCUGUGGUUACACUGAAGAUGCUCCAUUUUAUAUUUGUACGGAAUUCAUGAGUGGCGGAUCUUUAUAUCACAAAUUACGAAAUAAUCCAGAACAAUUAAACCCAACAACACGCUCAUUAAUCGCUCUUACAGUUGCUCGUGGUUUAGAAUACCUACAUUCAAAGGGAGUCAUUCAUCGAGAUCUAAAAUCGCUAAAUGUUCUACUAGAUGACAACAACAAUGCUAAAAUCUGUGAUUUUGGCAUGGUGAGAACUCGCGACAGUCGUCCAAUGACCGGUAUGAUAGGCACAGUCCAUUGGAUGGCUCCAGAAGUCUUAAUGUCAACACCUUUCUACGAUGAACGUGUCGAUGUAUACAGUUUUGGCAUUUUCCUAUGGGAAUUACUCACAGGACAGAUGCCAUAUAAAGAUAUGCAGGCAAAUCAAAUUAUUAGAACGGUAACAGAGCUCGGUGAGAGGCCACCAAUACCCGAGGACUGUCCACAACACCUUGCCAAGCUCAUUACCAAAUGUUGGAGCCAAGAUCCCGAAGACAGACCGACAAUGGCGAAAGUAGUUGCUGAAUUACAAGAUUCGAAGUACCAUUUAGCCGGAACUGAUGAAGCAGAAUUCGCUCUAAAGGCCGGAAUCGUUAGUUGCCAUAAGACAAGCCUUAGUUUACCAUACAUUAGAAAAGAAACUCCAAAACCACGUCCGAAAUCCCGCGAAUCUCAAGUUAUUUCGCCUGAUCGAGCCAUGCAAUGCAUGCACGGACCUCCUUCUGACUCCAGAAAGGAAGCUCUUAUGUAUUCUCUCCAAAUGUGCGGAGAUCAAGUAACUCUUUAUAACUUUCUGGACCUAGGAUUCACUAAAGCCUUAUCCCUCAUCUUAACUGAGCAGUCAGAGGACUCAGAAACAGUAAUGACCUACCUUUUGACAUGUCGUGAACCAAAAGUUUUCGAUAUAGAAGUUUUGAAAGCACUUUUAUUGUAUACAUCAUCAAAAAGUGACGUUUUUCGGAACAAAGCGUUAAGUGUUCUUCUUUCCGCCAGUCUUUUGAGAUUCGAGUUCCUUAAGUCCGCGCCUUCCUUUGUCCAGCAGCUUCUUCAGUUCAUUUAUCUCCCGAUGCCACCACAAUCUUCUGCAGCACUUUUGCAAUUGGCCAAUCGAUUGAUCAGAUCGAUAUCCAAUGCGCCAACAGGUCUGUGGGAGGUCCUUCUGUGGGCAAGAUUAAAUCUCCCGCAGAUGCUAACUCCUCUUGUUUUGCCUUGUAUGAUAGGAGCUGUAAAAUUUGUGGAAGUCAGAAAUGACAUAAAAAGUGACAACUACAAAGAAUUGUCACAAACAUUCAAUGCGAAUAUUAUGUUGUUCAAAGAGAUCCUUAAAUACGAUGAUACCUUUGAGAAGCUUAUCCCUGCAUUGAUGUCUUGUUCCAAAUCUAAUGAUAUCUGCCUCAAAUUCAUCAUCGAAAACUCAAAGGAAAAUUCUUUGUUCGCGUAUUCUGUUGUACAAAAUUUACCUUUUAAUUUCGAUGUCUCAAAAAUUGUGGCAGUUUACAAAAACCUCUUUUUGCAUGACACGAAAAAAAUUUCACAGAUACAAGAGUUUUAUUCAGUCAUUGAAUAUUUGAUGGUGAAUAAUGACAUAAAAUACGCCUGUGAAAUUUUGAAAACUGUCAGAAUUGAAGAGUCACUUUUUGUAAAUACAAAAUUACCGAAAUUAUUGAGUGAAGCGUUUUACAACUCCGAUGAUUUAUUAUGCACGAGUUUGAUGCUCAUUUACUACAAUUGUUUGCAAAGAUUUAGAGUUGAAGAAUUCGUGAAUUUGGAUCAGAUUUUUUUAUCGAUUUUGUUCGGUAAAAGAACGGAGCUUCGAAAACCAGCUUUCCUCUGUGUAAUUUCUGCUGCUGAAUAUAUCAGUGAUUUUGAUUAUUCGGCUAUUCAUCCUGUUGCUGCUUUUUAUGUCCAUUCUUCGUCCGAAAUCAUUGGAAAUUCCGCAGCAAAGUUUAUUUCGGAGAAGACAAAGGUUUGCGAUGAUUAUGAUAUCGAUAAGACUCUUGAAGUGUUCAUAGAGAACUACAAAGCGCCAAGUAAGAAUGUAAUUGUUGCUUGCGAUUGUUUUGUUGAAAUUUGUAAGCAAAAGAAGGUGAAAGAUCAGAGUUUGCUCCAGAAAUUGUCUCAGAUGUAUAAUAUGUUACAUAGCUAUUGA